AUGAAUGACUUUGAGCGAUCGAGGGCCGCCAAAUGGGGUGGUUUCGAUGACGACGACGACGACGAGAUGUUGCUAGAAGCAGCCGAGUCAGCUGAGCUAGCGGCAUUCUCCGAGGCUGAGCCGAUAUCUGGGUCGUUCACCGACAAUAUCGGGGUAUCGGUUGAGCCAAUGGCACCCGUGGCCGAUGAGCCGAUGCCUGGACCGUCCACCGGAUGGAUUGAGGUGGAUAGGCCCAGCUGCGGCGUCGGGCGUUCAUGCGAUAACGUGAGCCCGGAUAACGACGAAGCUGCUGACCAAGAAUUGGUUGACUUCUCGUGGGAUGAUGAGUCGGAUAUCGAACGGUUGAAUGAUUCACCGAUUGGACCUCGGCGCCUUGACGUUUGGGAUCUGGAUCGAAGACCGAUCGAUCCGCGCGAACCUGGCUAUCGCGAGAUAUGGACGGAUGAGGAGGAGGAGGACGAUGGUUCAAAUGGCAUGGCAUAA